AUUUAUUGGAAUGGUUCAUUCAACUGCUCCAAGUAUCAGGGAGUUGGUAAUUGGUGCAUGGAUUCUUUGUGGAAUGGGAAUCUCCCAUGUGCUGUAGAUUACAUUCUGGAGUCUUGUUACAUCACUUCAGUUCAGUGGGUGGCGGUAAAACACCUGGUUGUUGAUGUCAACCGCCGAAGAAGAAGACGAAGAAGAAGAAGAAACGCUCACAGUGGGCGGGAAAUACUGUCGGAAUACGAACCGAGUGAAGAGUGCUGGUUUGUGAGUGCAGCUGAAGCGCUACAUCGGUAGCAAAUUAGUUAGUGUUAUUGCUAAUCGUUAUUGACGGGAGGAUGGUUCAAAUAAUGAUCAGAGGCAGCCCGGAUGGCAGCAGUCCCCCCGAAUGGCUGGUGGUGGAAUUACAGGGGGAGAUGGUGUCUAGACACAACUCUGGUCUGGCAGGAAAUGUGAUGGGAGAUCUACUGUAUACCAAAGAGGGGGUGCCAGUGCUGAUUGUAGGACAUCACAUUAUCUACGGGAAGCAGGUCAAACUGGAGAAACCCUUUGCUGUUCUCACCAAGCACUCAGGCCAUUCACAGGGCAGUCACAGCAGUAACAACGAUGACAUAACACAGGAAGCAAUGGAAACAGACCAACAAGGCUCUGCUUCCACAUCUUAUUCUGUGUCCGCACUCAUUAAAACAAAACUGAUUUUUAAGAUCCGCCCCAAACCUAUCAUCACUAAUGUACCCAAGAAGGUGUAGCAGGACUACAUUUCAUUGCUGGGACAGAGGCCCUGUCUGGCUUGUCUUAUUCUAAGAAGUAUUUAUACUGUGAUGGUUUCUGAUCUGAAUGUUGUUGAAGGCAAAAUAAGACAUCAGUGGGUUUGUCACUACCUGACUUUCUGUCCAAAUUUAAAGAAAAAGUGCAAAUGAAAAUUCUCAUUUCCUUUUAAUCAUAGGAAAGACUGUAUAUGCAGGGCGGACUGAUGGACAGGUGAAGCGUGUCUGAAGGCAAAAAUUACAUUUGUCAUAUAUAAUAACUGAUGCAAUCAACCUCAACCUUCGUGCCUCACAGCAAGAAGGUUUUGUCUUCCUCCCACAGGAUGAAGGUCUGCAGUUAGUGGGUCUUGUCCUGUCUGUAUUUCCUUUCCUGGGUGUACCCUGCCUGUGGUAGCUGGGAUAGGCUCUAAACCUGUGACCCUGAUAAGGAUAAGUGAAAGAGAUGUUUGUAACAGCAGUUUUUGUGUGCAGUCAUGAAUAUAUAUGAUAAAGAAAUACUGGUGCAGACAAAGUUUUUAGGGGCUUUGAACCAGAAAUCAGACGUACUUUCACUUUCAGUUUUACUUUUAUUUUUGGUAAAAUAGAUUUAAUUAAAAUGGAUUCAUCGAGAUAAAAAUCAGAUGAUGCUAAUUGUUUUGUGGUUUGAGUUCACCUUUCCACUCUGGAGGGAAAGGGCACUGCAAAUCAAUACACAUUUGUUCGGAGUAACUCAUUUUUCUGCUAAAGAAACAUUGUGAUCAUUCCAGAGAUUUGGGGAAUCUGCCAGUGCACACUGAAUUUGUUCUAGCAUCACAGAGUAGCCCAGAGUCUGAGAACGUUUUGAAUAAUUCUGAGUGUCUGUUUGUCUCAGAUCUAAUUUAAUAAUUGAAUCAUUGUUCCCAUCCUUUGGUGAAGUGUUUUUAAUCAAAUAAUCAAAUAGAAACCAAAUGUUUGCAGGUACAUGAUGAUGUUGUGAUGUUGUGGUACUUGGCAUUGGCACUAGCAUCUUUGUAUUCAAGUUGAGCACACAUUCACCCAGUUAUCCAGGACUUUUUAAAAAAAAAUAUUUAAGCACACACACACACUCUCUCACAGAUGCAGUGGAUUUGGGUUCAGUAUCUUCCCCAAAGAUACAUGCACACUGUGAGUCACUGAGCUAUCUUCUCAUCCCUUUUGUGUUUCUUUACUGUUGUUGGAUUGAUGUAGCAGUUGUAUUAUAACAAAUUCAAGUGUAGAUGAUAAAAUUGAAGGAUGUUAAAACUGAAUAAAUGUGAUGUUUGAAACAAAUACAGUUUAAAUAAAGGUUUAUGGGCAGUUUUAA